AUGGUGCGCCUCAAGACGCGGUACGUGGUCCUUGAGGCCACAACAGGCGGCCGCAAGUCGGUCGGCACGAAAGAAGACAUUGUCCGGUUGGUGCGCGCGUCGAUUGCCGCGAGUUACGGGGACGUGGGGUCCGGAGUGGCCCAGUACGCUUUUCAAGUGCUCUACUACAAUGCGCACACGCGACUUGCGGUCGUUCGAUGUGCCCGCGAACUGUGCAAGAUGGUCGAGACGUCGCUCGUGUUUGUGACUGCUGCGCACCAUCAAGACGUUCGUCUCCGAGUGGCUCGUGUGUGCGGCUCGAGUCGCACGUGCAGGAAGUACCUGCUGCAGUACUCCAUGGAACGGGCAAAGACGAUGAACCUGUAUGCGACGCAGCCCACGUUCGACGAGGACGUGCAAGCCGAGAUUGCACGAGUUGAUCCGCACUGA